AUUUUCCAUUAAAAUUUUUUACCAAACAACGAAAAGGACGUUAACUGAAAAAAAGAGAAAUAAAAAUAACAAAAAAAGACCAAUCAACUACGAAAUUGAUUGAUCGUUAAUCGUAACUCAUUGACACUCUAACCUUGAACUAACUGACUAACUUUCACCGCCGACCAUAAUUCGCGUGCGUUCGUUCGUUCGUUCAAGAUGAGCAUAAUCGAUAGCGGACGUUAUCGGCUGCGCAAAGAUUGGGCCAGCGCCUCCAUACCGUCAUUGGUCGAUAUCGAUGAGCAUGUGGGCGAUGAAGUGGAGAAUUCACUAAAUAUUACAACACCCUUGCCGCCACCAAAGCCGCCACGUCGCAGCUCAUUGGCCUUGGGCUUGUUCUCCAGCAAGGGCGAUAAGAGCCAGAAGAGGCGCAGCUCGAUUGCGGUCUCAUUCUUGCGGCGCGACAGUAAUAAGAACUCCUCCAAAGAUUCCUAUGAAUCUGCUGUGAAACAAGAAAAGAGCGACGGCUCAAACACACCGGUUAGUCCAGAAAUUAUAUACACCGCCGAUGAGAAUGUACGCGCCUCCUCGCCUAAUGAACCUGGCAAGUUGACCUAUUUCGAUGAUGGCUCCAAUUUGAGACCCAUUGUGAAGGGCAUAAAUAAUCCCUACGAUUCACCGGUCGACAAAGAACGCAAUCGCCGGCGACGCAGUUCACUGCAAGCGAAAUUGGAAAGACAUCGUCGCAAGAAUUACGACAUUGGCCAAUUGGGCAUGGACAGCAGCUUGCCGAGCGGCUCACAAAGCGAAUUGACCAAUGGCAGUAUGGCUGACGCUAAUGCCGCCAAUGGCAUGGGCUCAUCUGCGGGCGAACUACCGUACGGGGAUAUCGAUCCAAAGCAUACAGCAUAUUUUCCGCGUCAAAAACGUCAUUCAUGGUGGAAUAUCUUUGUGCCAGAGAAUUUGAAGAGCAGGUCACGUAGGGCUAGUCAAGAUGUUUCGCUUAUGUCACGCAGUGUUGACAAUUUGGCAGUGCCAGUGCGUCGGAGCAAAUCACGCAGCGUUGAUCACGGCCUCGCUGCCCCAUUCGAUUUGGAUUCAUUGCGCUCGAAGGUGGAAGGACGUUUUGAGAGCGUCGACCGAUUGACAAAUGAGCGCAAGAAAUCAUCGCUGCCCGCCAUACCCACCAUAUCGUAUACGGUUGGAAAUCGUGAUACCUUGACAUCGGUGGCUGCACGUUUCGACACCACACCCUCAGAGUUGACACAUCUUAAUCGCUUGAACAGUUCUUUCAUCUAUCCGGGCCAACAGUUGCUGGUGCCCGAUAAGAGUGCGGCGGCCAAGAGCGACUCGAUUAGCGGCAGCGCGUCUGGUAUCGAUGAGAGGGGCUCCAACGCCAGCAUUUCGGGCAAAUCGAGCCCCAUUGAACGCAAAUUAUCCGUCGCCGAUGAGCAGAACGAUGAGAAGGACAUACUUGAAGGUCUCCGCCCGGGCUCACCAAAGCCGGGGCACAUUGAACGCGUUGACUCUGAGAAGAGCGCCGACAACGCACCGACCGAAGCCAAUAAGAGUGAUGAUCCCGUUAUCACACAACGUUUCCUCAAAAUCAAUGUACGCCAUAUCACCGAUGGACAGGGUGUUGUGGGUGGUGUCCUCUUGGUCACACCCAAUGCCGUUAUGUUCGACCCAAAUGUAUCUGAUCCAUUAGUGAUCGAACAUGGACCCGAAAGUUAUGGAGUAAUUGCACCAAUGGAGUUGGUCGUCAAUGCGGCCAUUUUUCAUGAUAUAGCGCACAUGCGUGUAUCGGGCGGUGUGAAUACCGAACAAAAUGAAAAUGCCGAAAUCUACUAUCCAAAAGCAGUAUUAGAAGCGCAACAGGCUAAGGAGGCCAAAGAAGGGGUGGCGGACGAAGCAGACGGUGGCGUAGCCAAACAGCGAGGCGAAGGUGAAGGUGGUUCGUCGGAGGCAUGUGACGAUCAGGAGUCGUUGUGUUCGCAGCAUAAAGAUGACGAGAAGGGUGUGGAAGCCAAAGAAAGUGCUAAGACUGAUGAUGAGGGUGAUUCGGCCAGUGCGAAAGCCAAUAACAAAACAGCUGACAAUGUUGAUGCUAAUGAUUUGAAGAAGAACCUUAAUAUCACUGAUACACGCACCACUCUGGAGGAAAGACGCAAAAGUCUGCUGGAUCACCAUUGGGCCAUACCAAGCAAGGAUCGAUCAUCGGAAGACGAAGGCGACAACGAAUCGCAAACGACCAUCGAUAGUGGCGCACGUGGGCAGGAUCCACACUCGGCCACCUCUUCGAUCAGCGGCGUUGGUGCGGUGAGUGGCAUGGGAGUGCACGUGAUUGGCGGUCUAGCACCCGCCGAUCUCGAACAUCUGGAAGAACUAUCAAAGCAGUCGUGCUACGAUUCUGGCAUCGAUAUACGCGAUCCGAUACCAAAUUUGCAGCCUAUACCAAAGAAGACCGUAUACAGUGAUGCCGAUAUUGUGCUUAGCUCCGAUUGGGUGCCGCCGAAGACCAUCUCGCCGACAUUGAUGAGCGAAUCACCGCCGCGCAGCUCGGUGUUGGGCGCACAAAGUCUCGACGCGGGCACCACAAGCGGUGGACGCAAGAAGACCUCCAGCGUUAGCUUUAGCGUCGACGACAAUAACGGCGAGCAACAAGCUGCUGCGGCGGUGGCAGCAUCGGCGGCAGCGACCGCCGCUCAGGGUGAUAAGAAUGCUGAGAAGAAGAAUAAAAUGUUGAAACGUUUAUCGUAUCCGUUGACUUGGGUUGAAGGCCUCACUGGCGAAGCAGCUGGCCCUCCGGGUACUGGUGGCAGCCUCGGCAAGUCGGCGAACUCUGAUUCGGCGCCCAAUACGGGCGAUUCGAAUCAGAGCGUAUUUUCAAAAGUAUUCUCAAGUUCACCAAUCACUUUGGUCUCAGAGUUGGGUGGUAACUUAUUUUCGAAAACACCGUCCGAAGACUCUGGUGGCUCACCAGUGCCACCAUUGACUCCGCAUUCAACUCAUUCCGAGGGUCAUAUUUCCACUGGACGCUCCUCCAUUGGCACAUUUAUGCGUCCACAAUCAUCGGAGGGCACUGCUUCCACAACGAAAUUGAAGGAGGUAAAACCGCAACCCAAAUUGGACUACCGUUCGAUGGUAUCAGUUGAUGACAAACCGGAAUUGUUUAUUAGUGUUGAUAAAUUGAUACCACGACCGGCUCGUGCUUGCCCGGACCCACCAUUGUACUUACGCCUGCGCAUGGGCAAGCCCAUUGGCAAGGCAAUACCGCUACCGACCUCUGUUAUGUCGUAUGGGAAAAAUAAACUGAGACCUGAAUACUGGUUUAGUGUACCUAAAAAUCGCGUCGAUGAAUUGUAUCGCUUCAUAAACACCUGGGUGCAACAUCUCUAUGGUGAAUUGAAUGAAGAACAAAUCAAGGCGCGUGGUUUUGAGCUCAUCCAAGAUGAUACCGAAUGGACGAAGAGCGGCACCACAAAGAGUGGCCGCAGUGGCAGUCAAGAAAAUGAGGAAAUUAGUGAUUUGACACGCGAGUCGUGGGAGCUUAUAAAAGCGCCCUUCGCCAAGACCUACAGCAUUAUAAAAACGGCAAAACAUGCCGCAUCGCAUGAAAUGGAUUUGUUGAGCGGCGAGGUAUUGUCUAUGAGCACAGAUGAUUACCGCAAGGCUUCAUUAUUUGCUACCGGUUCCUUUGACCUGGACUUCCCCAUACCAGAUCUAAUUGGCACAACAGAAAUCCUCACAGAAGAGCAUCGUGAAAAACUUUGUGGACACCUACCCGCACGUGCUGAAGGCUACUCGUGGUCAUUGAUUUUCAGCACAUCCCAGCAUGGUUUCUCGUUGAAUUCACUUUACCGAAAGAUGCAGAAACUCGAAAGUCCUAUACUAAUUGUUAUACAGGACACAGAUAAUAAUGUUUUUGGCGCACUAACAUCCUGCUCGCUACAUGUGUCCGAUCACUUUUACGGCACCGGCGAAUCGCUGUUAUACAAAUUUAAUCCCAGCUUUAAAGUGUUCCAUUGGACGGGCGAGAAUUUAUAUUUCAUUAAAGGCAAUAUGGAGAGCUUGUCGAUUGGUGCUGGCGAGUAAGUAGAGUAUUUCAUUUUAGAAGAUUUUUAUUUUUUAUUUUUUGAAGAUGGUUUGUUGGGGCUAGUUAAUGUGCAAAAGAAAAUUUUAAAAAUAGCUUAUAAAAAGAGGAAAUUUAUAAAAGAGGGUUUGGGAACUAAAUUUUGAAAAAUAUACAAAGUCGGACAUAAAAUAGGGUCGCGGCAGCUUACAAAAUUUU